AUCUCCACAAAAAAAGAAAAUAUUUUUUUUUCUUUUUCAGUUCAUCAUUCCCUUAUCAUCAUUAUUACAGUUUCAGGAGCCAAUGGAUUUCCUUUCUGCUUCCUGAUUCUUUAAUCUGAUUUUGUUGUGUUUUGCCUCUUCACUGUGUUUUCUAAUGAUCAUGCUUGUUGUGAAUUUGGGUUGAGUUCAAUUCCUCUUCUUGAGUAUUCUGCAAAACUUUAUGCAUCAAGCAUUGUCACUUUUUUUGUAUUUUCUUUUUUGUCUGGUUGAUGGCAUCUUUCUUGAUUUUGUAUGUUAUUUAACAUUUCAAACAGCUAAUAUUGAAACGGUGUGGGUGUAAAUCACUCAAAUCCUACCUGUUAGAAGAGGGAUUAAUUCUAAUGUUCACAUUGAAUAAAAACAUAUUUAACCAUUUUCUUUUAUCAAAGUUGAAUGUGCCCAUCCGUGGAAAAAUUUCACCUUUUUCCACUGGAACAUAUUCUUUUCUAUGUUUAUUUGCAUUUAGAACUUGUGAAUCAACUUGUUACCGAUCCUGAGAAAGCUUUUAUAAAGGUCAAUUAUUUAACCUCCAUCAAGUUUGGAACAUAAUGAUAGGAUGGAACCUUGAAUGUCCGAAGAGGCAGGCUUCAAAUGGCCUUUUAGAGAAGAUAGUAAUUUCGGACGUAUAAUAUGAAGCUUAACUGUUUGUGAAAAAUUCCAGGUUCUUAUGUUAUGAUGGGUGAAUCACAGAUGACAAAAUUCGGCUUAAAUGUCAGGAAGAAUGAGAAAAGUGGGUUCCCAAGGGGUCUGGAUCCUGCAAUAUCUAAAUUUUUUGUGCAGCUCCAAAGUGUUGUUAAGGCACGGCUGAGUAGAUUAGCUAAACAGGACGGAAUCAAUAUGGUGAGAUCUUCCCAAAAAAAUGACAAUAAGCCUUUCAGUUACUCUGAAGCUGAACUGAAUGAGCAACUACAAGCGUGGAGAGAAAAUCCAUCUUGGGUUGAUAGGCCACCGUUAGUAAAGGUCACUGUUCCCAAAGGAUCUCUUUGCAACCUCAAUGCAGAAGUUGAUGUUGGGUUGCCCCCUGAUGCAGUAUAUAAUAUAGUGACAGAUCCUGAUAAUAGGAGAGUUUUCAAAAAUAUCAAAGAAGUGAUAUCCAGAAAAGUUUUGGUUGAUGAGGGUCAUAGGCAAGUGGUUGAUCUUGACCAAGCAGCCAUUUGGAAAUUUCUUUGGUGGUCCGGGACUAUUUCGAUUAAUGUCUUGGUAGAUCAAAACAGGAAAGACCACUCUAUGAAAUUCAAGCAAACUAAGACUGGAUUUAUGACAAAGUUUGAGGGCUGCUGGAGGGUAGAGCCUUUAUUUGUUGAUGAAGCAAUGUGCCAUCCCUUUAAGCCUAUGACAAAGGAAGACUAUAAUGCAUGUACAAGAGGCAAAGGAAGAAUUGGAUCUAAAGUUAGUCUGGAACAAAUACUCCAGCCAGCAAUUGUCCCUCCCCCUCCCAUAUCAUGGUAUUUGAGAGGAAUUACUGCCCGGACAACUGAGAUGCUUAUAUAUGAUAUGCUUGCAGAAACUGCUAGAAUCAGAGGAGGGUAUGAGGUUGAAAAGUCUGAGACACAGGACCUGCAAGGAAAACCUGCUCAAAAUGUGGACCUGGUUGCUAAUUCAAAUGACAUUAAAGAAAGAUGGAUUUUGCGUAGAAAAAAUGCAAAGCGUACUCAUAGAAAACAGCUGACUGCUAUGUGAUUUUCCUAUGUUUGUUUAACCUUCUAAGCACUAUAUAUAGAUUGUUUACAUGUAGUUCAGUUUAAAGAAUUUAUCACACAAUGUUACAGUCACUAAUUUCUGCUCAUUGCAUGACAUUUUUCAGUCAGAUGAGUUUCCAUAGAAAAUCAUCAACUUUGUUUUCUUUUCAUUGUUCCUUUUUUUUGUUUUUGGAGCGAGGCUUCUUGAUCUUAGAUGGCUCAAUUCAUUUGAAUAUAAAGUUCUCAAGGAACGACUUAAUUAAUAGUUUCGAUAUGAGACCUGAUUUUA